UCAGGUUCUCAAAACCAACCUUAAGUGUGUGCCAAUUUUCUCCUCCUCCUACUUCCAUAACGUCUAAGGAUAACACUUUCGGAAAGCUUGUCCAGACCUUUGCAGUUUUGGGAUUUUGUAACGCAAUUACGUAAUUUGCUGUACGCGAUUUGCAAGUAGAUGCAUAUGAUUACGGAGCGCUGACAAGUUGUUACUCAGCUGAAUACAUACAGUAUAUGCAGAAAAGAUGCGCUUUUUGCAGUCAAGCAUUUUCAAUCAUUUGUUUUUGAAUAACAGAACAGUAACUAAAGCCAAACGUGGGACACAUUUUAUUCCUUUUAUAAGAUCUAAAGGGUUAUGUAAUGAAAAUAGUUUAGGUAGGAAAAGCACGAUUUCGCGAGCUGUCUUCAGGAGUACCAGGAAAGUAACAACACACGCUGACAGCAGCUUUUCAAGAACUUCGCCCGGACUGUUGCAGUAUAAAGUAACCACUCGAAGUACACACAAUGCAACAGGUUCGAAUCGUCGUUUUGACAACACAGUUUAUGAUGAAGCCUUCAGAACUUCUCUCCGUGAUCCUGCAAACUUUUGGGCUAACGCGGCACAGCGCAUAACCUGGUUCAAACCAUGGAGCAAUACGUUGGAUUAUUCUAACCCUCCAUUUCCAAAAUGGUUUGUCGGUGGAAAGCUGAAUAUUUGCUAUAAUGCUAUUGAUCGUCAUUGUGAAAGUGGACGGGGGGACCAGACUGCUAUCAUUUAUGAUAGUCCGGUUACAGGAUCAAAACAAUUCUUCACCUACAGUGAGGUGCUGAAAGAGGUCUCCAGAUUAGCCGGAGUUCUGGCGAAGAAUGGGGUGAAGAAAGGUGACCUUGUUGUCAUAUACAUGCCCAUGAUUCCCCAGGCCAUGUUCGCCAUGCUGGCCUGUGCCAGGAUAGGAGCCACGCACAGUCUGAUAUUUGGUGGAUUUGCAUCGAAGGAGCUGUCUGUUCGUGUUGACCAUGCCAAGCCUAAAAUGGUGGUAACAGCCUCCUUUGGCAUCGAACCUGGGAGAAGAGUGGAAUAUAUCCCUCUGGUUGAGAAAGCACUGGAACUUGGCAAACACAAGCCUGAGAGAGUCCUAAUAUAUAAUCGUCCCAACAUGGAGACUGUUUCCAUGGCGCCUGAUAUCAGCCUCAAUUGGGAUGAAGAGAUGGCUGCUGCUAACCCUCAUGACUGUGUGCCCGUCUCCUCUGAUCACCCACUUUAUAUUCUCUAUACCUCAGGAACCACCGGGACGCCAAAGGGAGUGGUCAGAGAUACUGGAGGUUGUGCUGUAAUGUUAAAUUGGACAAUGGCAAGUGUGUAUGGUCUCAGUCCUGGAGAGGUGUGGUGGGCAGCAUCUGAUCUAGGCUGGGUGGUUGGUCACUCCUAUAUCUGUUAUGGACCAUUACUCCAUGGCAACACCACAGUUCUCUAUGAGGGAAAGCCUGUGGGGACCCCAGAUGCUGCAGCAUAUUUCCGUUUGAUAUCUGAACACGGAGUGACAGCCAUGUUCACUGCUCCCACUGCAAUAAGAGCUAUCCGCCAGCAAGAUCCCCAGGCAUCCUUAGGGAGACAGUACCCACUAACAAGAAUGCGAACUCUGUUUGUUGCUGGUGAACGCUGUGAUGUGGAGACUUUGGAUUGGGCUAAGAAGAUAUUCAAGGUGCCUGUCCUGGAUCACUGGUGGCAGACUGAAAGUGGAUCUCCUAUAACUGCCUCCUGCAUUGGUCUUGGAAACUCAUCAACACCCCCUGCAGGUCAAGCUGGAAAGGCUGUCCCUGGAUACAACGUCAUGGUGGUCGAUGACAACAUGCAGGAAGUUAAACCAAGAACUUUAGGAAACAUUGUGGUAAAGCUUCCUUUGCCUCCAGGAUCAGCAUCCACUCUCUGGCAGAAUGAUGACCUGUUUGUACAACUCUACUUCACAAGGUUCCCUGGUUACUAUGACACAAUGGAUGCUGGCUUCAUGGAUGAAGAACGAUUCUUGUAUAUCAUGUCAAGAUCUGAUGAUGUAAUCAAUGUUGCUGGCCACAGACUAUCCACAGGGGCUCUAGAGGAGGCUGUCCUACAACACUCUGCUGUGGUGGACUGCGCUGUAGUUGGACUUGAGGACUCUUUGAAAGGCCAUGUACCCCUUGCCUUGUGUGUUUUAAGGAAUGAUCUGCAGACAAAAGAAGAAGACGUUGUGGAAGAGAUAGUCAGACUGGUUCGGGAAAGCAUCGGUCCUGUAGCUGCGUUCAGGAAGGUGGUCUUUGUGAACAGGUUACCAAAGACACGCUCUGGAAAGAUUCCACGUUCCACUCUUGCGGCACUUGUUAGCAGAAAAGCCUACAAGAUAUCUCCUACCAUUGAAGACCCUGUUGUGUUCAAGGAAAUUGAAGACAUCCUUAAAAAGAAUCUCUGAAAGUUAUAUCUGUAUACAGUAUCUGAACACCUGUAUAUCAGAAAGCUUUGCAGUUGGUGAGUGCUUCGAGAAAACACUUGUGUAGAUUCUGAAAUCAAAAUUUUCUUUUUUGUAUGAGAAAUUACCAUAGACUCAUUUUGAGUACAAUUUUUGUGUACAAUUUGUUAUAUUACAAAACAAGAAUGUUAUGUUUAUUAAUGUGGUAUAGCAUGUUCUUCUGCUCAUCUACAUACUUUUAGGCUAGGCAGCUUUUGACAUAUUUUUGCUGAGCACAAAAUAAUGUAAUAAAACACCAGCAUUAUUAUCUAGAAGGGUUAUAUUGGUUUGCUUAUUUUAACAUGAUUAUCUAAAACAUGAGUUUUUGAAAUUUAAUAAGACCUUCACAUUUAAAGAUAAUGAUAGAUAAUAAAACUGCUCAUUAAGAUAGGUAAAUUAUUUUUCAGAAAUGACAGUUUAAUGAACCCUGUCCUCUAUUUUAGAAAUGUAUAUGUAAUACUGGAGUACAUUAAGUAAUUCCAAGCAUCUUUAAUUUUACAAUUAACACAGAAAAAGUAGUUGAUUAAAACAUGUUUAAUUUAAAUGGACUGCAGAGCUAGCUUAAUUAACUUUGAAAAGAUUGUUGUAGUAUAUUAUUUACAGAAGAAAUGUAAAUGUCCAAAAGUAUCAAGUGUAGGACCAAGUAAAAAUUGCUGUUUGUGUUGUAUUAUGACUGUAAUCAUGUGGUAAGAAAGCACAAUAGUUAAGAAAACACUUACAUUCUUUUUGUACUGUUGAUGGACUCAUACAGUUGUCCCUGUACUCUCCAGGUGCCGUCUUUAUAAAAACCUAUUAUAUAAAAUAAUUGAAAGUGUCCAAGCCUGUGUGGGUAACACACACACACGCUUAGAUCACUGUAAACUGAUGUAAGUCUACAGAUGAUUGAAAUGCAGUCACUUAAACCUGUUUGCACACUUUUUGUAAAAAAGAAAUAAUCAUCAUAUAAAUUAGUAAACAGAAAACAUUUUAAUGCUGUGAAAAUGUGUAUACACAUUAGAAUAUAACCACAUAAUUCUGUUGAUGAAAAUGACACAUACAGUAUGUUGUUAUCUACUCCUACAAAUGUUGCAAAGAUAAGUUUAUUUCCUUCUUAAGUAGACAUGCCACUAAUAGAAACCACUACUCCAGAUAUUUAAAGAGUGCUUCAUUAAUGCAGUGUGAAUCUCUUACUGUGAAUUUGAGCUAACCACACAUCAAAGCGAUGUUGCAGGGCAUCAUAAAUGUUUAAUGUUUUAUGAUAGAUCUGUCAGCAAGUGGAAUUUAAAAUCAGUGAUACAAAAAGGUAUUUUGUUCUAACCUUGCCUCACAGGUUUUUAUUGUUUGUUUUUGUGCUUUUCAUGUUACCUUUUCUGAUGAAAAUGUUUUCCAUUGAAGUGAAAUAUCAAUAAAGAUCAAAUUGAUGGAAAAUGA